GCUACUGCACAUACAAGCCUAUAAAUAUCCCAGUCCCAGCAACAAGUAAUUGAAACACAUGAUACCAUCAACCAUGAACUUCACCUCAUGCAUAUACCUUCUACUCAUAAUCCUAACCACAAAUCACUUCAUUCUUUCACACUCAGAAAACUGCAACCCAGAUGACAAAAGAACCCUACUCCAAAUAAAGAAAGAAUUUGGCAACCCUAGCCAACUCUCUUCAUGGGAUCCAACCAUCGACUGCUGUAACAGUACAUGGCUAGGUGUAGAUUGUGACAACUUCAACCGAACCUACCGUAUCACCGGUCUUGAUCUCGAAAACAUCAACCUCCCUAAACCUGUCCCAAUUCCACCUUCCAUAUUCAAUCUCCCUUCCCUAAACGUCCUCUAUCUGGCCUACAUGCCCAACCUUGUUGGCCCUAUCCCUCCUUCCAUCUCCAAACUCUCCAAACUCAAUUAUAUCUACAUCAUCCAAACCAACAUCUCCGGGGAGAUACCUUACACUCUCUCACAGAUCAAAACACUAGUAACCAUCUCCUUCAAUAGCAACAAACUCACCGGUCCCCUCCCCGCUUCACUCUCAACUAUCCCAACCCUCGCUGGAAUCGCAUUCAACGAUAACCAACUCACCGGCACAAUACCAGAAUCUUACGGCUCAUUUCCGCCUCUCUUUACCGGGUUGCUUCUCUCGCGAAACCGACUCUCCGGGAAGAUUCCGGCUUCCCUCCGGAAACUGAACCUUGCUGAUGUGGACUUGUCACAUAACGCGUUUGAGGGUGAUGCGUCCAUGUUUUUUAAGUCAAAUAUACUCACUUAUACGAUAACAUUGGGGAGUAAUUCGUUUGCUUUUGAUAUUUCGAAAGUUGGGUUAUCGAAGGAUUUGAAUAAGUUGGAUAUAAGGCACAAUAAAAUAUAUGGUAAGCUACCAGAGAGACUCUCGGAGCUCAGGUAUCUGCAUAAGUUGAACGUGAGCGAUAAUAAUUUGUGUGGUCAGAUUCCAAUGAACACAAGGUUUGAUGCGAGUUGUUAUGUUCUUAAUAAGUGCUUGUGUGGUUCUCCUCUUCCUGCUUGCAAGACUUGAUUUGAAUUAAUGGAUCCCACAAAACUAUAUCUAUAUAUACGAGUUUUGAAUAAAGAAGAUGGUGGUGGACCUUCGUUUAAAUUAUAGUAAUCCAUAAGAAGAGGUGUAUUUUUUUUUUUUUGGUUCCAAGAAAUUUAGGAUGAGGGAAUGGUGCCCCAGUCCAAGGUAGGGAAGAUCUUCAGGCUCAAAGAGUACUUAUCUUGAUAUAUUAAAAAAUGAGAUUAAUUUUGAUAAAAUGUAAUUAAGUUUUACCAGCAGGUAUGUGUGACUGGAAAUAAUGGUCAAGUUAUUUUCAAUAAUAUGAUGAUUAUGAUCUAUGAUUGAUUGACUGAAUUUGGCAAAGGGAGUUAUGUAUCUUAA